UUCCCUGUUGUCAUAAACUACAGAAGUGCGUUAACUUGCAACAGGCAAGACAGCCGCCACCCCCCGAGAGCCCCGCUCUGGUGUCCACUGUUGGCUCUCCAAGGUUACUAAACUCUUAGCAACUGUUCUGGAACCUAAGCUUCACUUACCUUGCUGCAUCGUGCUGCACUGCUGCUUUGCUCUUGCCCGCUUCAGAACACAAUAAGAGAUUUUCUAGUGUAAAUAUCUGCAAUGAAACUUAGACUAGAAGUACGUGCCAUCCUCUUGCUGCCUGUGUACUUGUUGAUAUAUGUGUACAGUAUGCUUGUAUUUAUUCCAUGGUAUUUUCUUACCGACGUUAAGAAGAAAAAGGCUAUGGCAAAGCGUUUAAAAGCUAAGCCCACCUCGGACAAGCCUGGGAGCCCCUAUCGCUCCGUCACCCACCUUGACUCACUAGCACACAUAAACAUUCCUGGAGCUGACACACUGGACAAGCUGUUUGACCAUGCUUUGGCCAAGUUUGCAAAGAGGGACUGCCUUGGGACCAGAGAAAUCCUGAGUGAAGAGAACGAAAUGCAACCAAACGGAAAAGUGUUCAAAAAGUUAAUUUUAGGCACUUACAGAUGGUUAUCCUAUGAAGAAGUACAUGAGAAAAUGAAUCGUUUGGGGCGAGGAAUGACUGCCCUGGGACUAACCCCAAAGAGUACGGUUGUGAUAUUCUGUGAGACCCGAGCGGAAUGGAUGAUCACGGCUCUGACCUGCUUCAAGUACAACUUCCCUCUUAUUACGCUGUAUGCCACCCUGGGGGAAGAGGCAGUAACCUAUGGUCUCAACGAGUGUGAAGCAGCGUAUCUGGUCACCAGUGUAGAACUUCUUGAGAGCAAACUUAAGACUGCACUGCCACAAAUCUCCUGCCUGAAACACAUCAUUUAUGUGGACAACAAGAGCAUCAAUAAAGCAGAAUACCCUGAAACUCUGGAAAUUCACAGUAUGCAGACAGUAGAAGAGCUGGGAGCCAAACCAGAGAACUCAAGCAUCCUGCCAAGCAGACCUGCUCCUUCAGACUUAGCUUUAGUGAUGUACACCAGCGGCUCUACCGGGAGACCUAAAGGAGUGAUGAUGGUGCAUAAGAACUUAAUAGCUGGAAUGACAGGACAGUGUGAGAGAAUACCUGGACUAGGGUCCAAGGAUACUUACAUCGGUUAUUUGCCUCUGGCCCACGUGUUAGAACUGACAGCAGAAAUCUCCUGCAUCACUUACGGCUGCAGGAUCGGCUAUUCCUCUCCACUCACACUGUCGGAUCAGUCAAGUAAAAUUAAGAAGGGAAGCAAAGGAGACUGCACUGUCCUCAGACCUACACUGAUGGCAGCUGUGCCUGAAAUAAUGGACAGAAUUUAUAAAAAUGUCAUGAGUAAAGUGCAGGAGAUGAACUACAUUCAGAGAACUCUGUUCAAGAUAGGCUACGACUACAAACUGGAGCAAAUCAAGAGGGGAUACGAUGCACCUCUGUGUAACGUGUUCCUGUUUAAAAAAGUAAAGGCACUGCUGGGAGGGAAUAUCCGUAUGAUGCUCUCUGGAGGGGCACCCCUCUCACCUCAAACACAAAGAUUCAUGAACAUCUGUUUUUGCUGUCCUGUUGGUCAAGGCUAUGGACUAACAGAAACAUGUGGAGCUGGAACAAUUACAGAAGCUACUGACUACAGCACUGGCAAAGUCGGAGCUCCUCUUAUUUGUUGUGAAAUAAAACUGAAAGACUGGCAAGAAGGGGGCUACACCAACAAAGACAAGCCUAAUCCUAGAGGAGAAAUCGUAAUUGGUGGACCUAACGUCUCAAUGGGGUAUUUUAAAAACGAAGAGAAGACAACAGAAGACUUCUCUGUCGAUGAGAAUGGUCAGAGAUGGUUCUGUACAGGAGACAUAGGGGAAUUUCAUCCGGAUGGGUCUCUGCAGAUCAUAGAUCGUAAGAAAGACUUGGUAAAGCUACAAGCAGGAGAAUAUGUAUCUCUGGGUAAAGUAGAGGCAGCACUGAAGAACUGUCCAUUGAUUGACAAUAUCUGUGCUUAUGCCAAAAGUGACCAGUCGUACGUGAUCAGCUUUGUGGUUCCUAAUCAGAAGAGGCUGACAGCAUUAGCGGAGCAGAAGGGUAUCAGUGGAAGCUGGGUAGAUAUUUGUAACAACCCUACGAUGGAAGCUGAAGUCCUGCGAGAGAUUAAAGAAGUGGCAAACAAGAUGAAAUUAGAGAGGUUUGAAAUACCCAUCAAAGUACGGUUAAGCCCUGAGCCCUGGACCCCAGAGACUGGGUUAGUAACAGAUGCCUUCAAGCUGAAAAGGAAAGAACUGAAAAACCAUUACCUCAACGACAUCGAACGAAUGUAUGGAGGCAAAUAAACAAGUUGUGUUGA